UUUAGUACAGAAAAGGUUGACCUUCCUAUUGUUUCCUUGCCUGAAAUUCUUCCUCCCCCAUUUGUGUUACGAACAAUAUUGAUUUAUUGUCAAUCAAAUGUUGUUCCAGAAUUUUUAAAUGGACAGGAGGAAUUCAGAAAACUUCAACAGUCAUCAUAUUUCUUUUUAGAUGUGUUAUAUAUACAUGGUCCUCCUUCCAAUAACAAUAAGUGUCAGGAAAUAUAUGAAUUCCUGUGUGACUUAGAUGAGAAAUAUACUUCUUAUAUAUUUGAAGUAACUCGCAAUACUACCAAACUACAUAAUUGUAUGGCAAAAUUGCUUGCUCAUCCUUUGCAAAGACCAUUUCAGAAAGAUGUUUUCUAUAAAAUCCAAACACCCGGUGAAUAAAUAAAAAUUAUAUUAAUUUCUUUAUUGUACAUAGAACGCUGCCUUAUUACAUAAAAUAACACGUAGCAUUCUUUAGUUUUAUGAAAUAAAUUUAA